AUGGAAGUCCAAAACCAGUCAAAGGCUGAUUGGAGCCAGCGUUUCUGCAAUCAACCACCAGCAGAGUUUGAUCCAAGUGGAAACAGUCUUCUUCUCUGCAACGAGUUGGAAAGCAGCUCCGAUUCAUCCUGCAGCAUCUGGACAAACGCUGAGCAAGCAGGUGUCCAGAGUUAUAACAACCGUUCAUUUGCCAUGGACGCUAGAAUAAGACUCGAUAGUUUAAAGUCAGGGUGUAAUUCCCCCUCGCCUUGCCGUGCCACGGAUGGGAAGUUGUUCAAUUAUAACUGUGAAAAAGAUCUCUGGGACAGUGAAGAGUCGCAGGAUGAAGAGUCUGCUCUGGACUCGGUGGAGCUCAUCGAUGUGGAGGAAGACGAGCAGGAUGAAGAGAGCUGUAUUCCUUACAGGUUGUAUGAGUCUUCAAAGAAGCAGUUGUUUGUGGAGAGAAGUGAUUCUGCUCUCAGAUGGUGUCGACACGUUCUGGAUAACCCGAGUCCUGAGACGGAGGCUGCAUGCCGCUCGCUGAUAAACCGGCUGGAUCAGAGAUCAAGCUGUCACUUCUACAGAAGUCCUGCAGCUUUUCACCAGAGUCUGGGCUCCUCUGCAGACAAAACAUCUACCAGCACAACACACAAAACCUCCGACAGUUCAGAUAACAAUGAUCUGAACAUCUCCUAUGACUCCAUCACCUCAAGCUACAGACUGGAGGACAUCACAGACGUCCACAUUAUGGCUCGUAUUCAGGAAGCCAGUUUGAGACAGGAUUAUGUUUCCACGCCUGCCUGUCGGAACUCUGGGUCACCUGGGGCGUUUCCCUCUGAGGCUCCUCCUUCUUUUUGGUGGCAGGCAGGUGUGACGCCACUGAGCUCGUCUGCUCGUCAGGCAGCAGGUAAACAGAGCUGCAACAGUCCAAAACUGGCCAGACUCCACCAGCAAGUCACCCAGUUCAAGCUGCUGAAACUCGCUCAGAAUCAAGCAGCGUCACCAGGCAGGACCAGGUCCCCUCUGAGGACCAGCCUGCGCUCCCUCCAGGCUGUAAGGAACAGCAGAAGUUUAGACACAGAAGACUGGCAACCUGCUGAGCAAAGCUCUUACCCACCAACAGGUGCAUCGUCUGUCCCAAAGGGGUCGAGUUGGUGGUCUCCUCCGUCACGUCCUGCAGCGGCCGUGCCCUCGGACCGGACCACCGCUGUGAAGAGACUGCUGAGGUCUCAGUCUCUCAGCCCCUGCAGGAUCCCACAGCGAGCUAAAGGCUACCUGUCUGCUAACGGGAGGGUCUUUGCCUCAGCGGAGAGGUCGACCACCGUAGCAUGGGGCAGAAACGUGCAACCUCAAAGGUGAAAGGUGUCACCAGUGAAGCCCUGAGAGCAACAUAUUAAUGAGGGGGAUUAAACAUUAAGACAUUUACACUACUGGUCAAAAGUUUUAGAACACCCCAAUUUUUCCAGUUUUUUUAUUGAAAUUCAAGCAGUUCAAGUCAAAUGAACAGCUUGAAAGGGUACAAAGGUAAGUGGUGAACUGCCAGAGGUAAAUAAAAAAAGGUAAGCUUAACCAAAACUGAAAAAAUUAUACAAGUAGGCCUUUUUCAAGGAACAAGAAAUGGGUUAACAACUUAACUCUAUGGAGUC